UGCAAAGGGUCAAACUAUGAAAUCAAAACAAGAUAUAAUUUAGAGUUAGGGUAGGAGCAGAUGAAUGUUUUUGAAGCAAAAACGGCAUACACUGAAAUCUGUUGGUUUUAUGUCGAAUAAUAAUUGCAGUACCAUAGGGUAUUGAUUGGUGGACUUUUACCUUUCCCUCAUUGAACCCUUUGUUUCAAUGAAUUAACAGUUCAAGUAGCUCAGUUCGAUUGACGAGAAAGUGCUUUCUCUUUGUCAGUUUUGCGUUGUUGGCAACAAUAGCGGAUUAGUUUCUAUUUCCUAUAUCAGGUGAGCUAAUUCUGACAACAGGUGCGUUUGUUCAUUUCGUGUUGAUUUGCCAUUUGUCAUAAUUAUCUUAUAACAUGAAUACAUGUCAUCAAGAAGUAGCAGUUUCAUAAACUGUGGCAAUUUUUUCAUGGGUUCAAAUAAUUUUUAAAUUCUUAGGUUCAAUAUCCAAUACUGUAUUUUUUGAUCACCAAUGCUUGUGCUUAUGCUCUUGUUUGGGAGAAACACUACCCCUUUAUAUAACCUUUGGAUUUACUAAAAUUGCACACGAAUGAAAGAUGUUGGUGUUGGUGCUGUUAUUUUUAUUGUCCUUAUCGUUGUUUAUGCUGUUGUUAUUGCAAGUGUUAUCCGUGAAUGAGCAGAAAUCAGAACAUUAUCCAUGGUAAUCCUUGUUUGGCUUUGAUUAAGGGAAUAUUCCAUCGACACUGACAGAAGCAAACAUACGUGUUAAUUAAUAUGCACAAAUGUGAUUGAGUGACUUACUUAAACAAAGCUAUACAAUUAAGAACAGCUUGGUUCAGUGUUGUUCAAUCUAAUCUACUUCACGCACAAGUGAUAAAUUCACUGGUACUCUGUGAAGAUUCAAUUUUCAAUACAUUGCAUCAUGAAGAUGUGCGUUUGGUUAUUGAUUGCUCUGGCAAUAACCCCUAAAGGUGGAGAAUCCUCCCCUCCAAUGGGAAAGAAAUUACACAAUUAUAUCGAAGAAAAGGACUCCACUCGCGAUGAACAAGAUAAUUUAGUGACGCGGAAGGAGAGGAAUGUUGGGCAAUUUGGCGCCAUGAUCGCUUGUGAAGUUAAAGAUCUGAGAUCGUCAGUCCUUAACGGCUACGGGUGCUUCUGUGGAUUAGGAGGGAAAGGGAAACCUCUCGACGACAUUGACCUAUGCUGCUAUGUCCACGACAAUUGUUAUGGCGACAUACAAAGAACAAAGAUAUGUGGCCCAGAUCCUAAUGCAGUGUAUUAUGUGACAUACCGGACACAGGGGUGCAGCGGCUGCAGAGGAUAUCAUUUCCUGUGGUUCCUUGGAUAUGGAAACAGCAAGUGUCAGAAGAAGCUCUGCGAAUGCGAUGGCGUUGCGGCCCGUUGCUUCAAAAGCCACUUCUCGAAGCUGCAAGAUCGUUACAUAAACUAUGAUAAAUCAAAGUGUUAGGAAUCACCUCAAGCUCCGAAACUCUUUCUGCAUCUGAACAAUAAUAAAAGAUAUGAAGUGAAAUGAAUAGCAUUUUCAGGAACAUGAAAUAAACUUUAGUGGUAGCUGUACUGAAAAACAAUUUAUCUAAUACUAAUACAAUGUAUCAGAAAUAGACUGAUUUCCUGAAAAGAA